GAGUCUUCCCCAGUUCAGCUGCCAGUUGCAAAUCUGCAGGAGAAACACACAUGGUGUUUACAACUGUAUACAGUCAGUUCUACAGUUGAGAUGUUGGAGGGAGACAUUCAGACCUUGACGCAUACAAUUCAUUCUAAAGAAUGCUGCAGGUAGUUUCCUGUGUACGGCUCCCUCCCUCCCUCUCUUCGUCUUCCGCCUCGGCCACUUUCAUCAUCUACACCUGCUGCUGCUGCUUGGAAACCACAGGCACUGAUUAUUCCUGACCAACAAGUGUCGCCAGAGCCACACAAAAAUGUGAUAAAUUAAUUCUGAGGUGGAAUACCAUGGAUUUGCAGAUGCCGGUGACUCCAUAUAGCCAUAUAAGAAGAUGACGAGACAAGAUGAGACAAGAGAAAACAACUCACUGUAAAGAACUCCUCCUGUGAACCAAUCUCUGGUCCUAAUGAGGUGGAAACUCAUUGUGGGGUAAUUGGGUAACGCUAGAACUGAAUUGUGGCAAGUAAUGAUUGCCUCAAGCACUCAUCUACACCCUACAAACAAAGAGCUCAACACUAUUUCACUCACUCUCCCUCCCUCAGAAUGUGCGUGUAUUAAAACGUUUGUGGGGCCCCACCCUGCAUCCUCCUCUCCCUCCUCCUCGUCUUCUUCAUCAUUAUCCCCAUCAUCAUCGCCACAUAGCGCGUUUCCUCCAGCAGGGGGAGGAUAAGAAGGCUACACCUCACGCACAGUUUGGAGACGGAGAUGAUGGACCAUCCUCAGUGGCUCUGACACGGACACACCGCUGUGGAAGCAUCAUGUCUCUGAGCAGCAGGGAAAUCAUCUGCCUGAUCGGAACCUGCCUCUGGCUGCCGCUGCUGGCGGAGGUCGUGGCUGAGGACAGUUACUUAAACGAGGUGCAGAAUUCUGGUCCAGAACAUCUCAUCCUCACCUCAUCCCUCACAUCCUCUGACUGGUCUUUCCACUUCCCGUUCUCCCUGCAGUCCCUCUAUCCUGCUCCGAGGGAUUCACAGAAUUGGGAUACUACAAUGGCACCGUGUCCCAGACAGACUCUGGCGCCCCCUGUCUAAAAUGGACUGAGUUUCCGGACUAUGUGAUGCAGUACCCUGGCCGAGGUUUGGGUGACCACGGAUUCUGCAGGAACCCAGACCGAGAGUCCAACCCCUGGUGUUUCUUUAGGCAGAACUCUGGUGCCAUUGGAUGGGCAUAUUGUGACUGUCACCAGGGUGCUGCUCGUCUGGUUGGCAGUUCGUUUGCUGGCAGUGGGCGGGUGGAGGUCUAUCUGAAUGGUCAGUGGGGGGCGGUGUGUGACUCACACUGGACAGACAGGGAUGCCAGUGUCAUCUGUAGGCAGCUCGGCCUGGGUGAAAUUGGCACAGUGUUGCGACACUCACAGUUUGGCUCAGGCUCUGGCCUCUUUCACUACGAGCGAUUAGGUUGCCGCGGGGAUGAGAGCAGCCUCAGUAAGUGUCGUAGCCGGACGUUCGUCACCGGUGACUGCAGCCAUGGGAACGAGGCAGCAGUGGUCUGUAAGCCACCAGAAGGCAGUGGUCCUCCGUUGCGUUUGGUUGGAGGAGAGGAGGACUUUGAAGGUCGAGUGGAGGUGUUCCACGCUGAAAGGUGGGGCACGGUCUGUGAUGACCAGUGGGACGACAAAGAUGCCGAAGUUGUGUGCAGACAGCUUGGUUUUGGAGGAGUGGCCAAAGCCUGGUCAUGGGCUCACUUUGGUCAGGGCUCAGGGCCCAUCCUGCUGGACGCAGUCAAGUGCACAGGAAAUGAGCUGUUCCUGGAUCAGUGUCAUCAUGGUGACUGGGAGCAACACAACUGUGACCACAUGGAGGAUGCUGGAGUCUCCUGCAGCCCCUAUACAGAUGGUGUGGUACGUCUGGUGGGUGGAGACAAUCCAUGGGAGGGUCGAGUUGAAGUUUUCCACAACGGCGACUGGGGAACGGUGUGUGACGACCACUGGGGUCAGCAGCACGCAGAGGUGGUCUGCAGACAGCUGGGCUACAGGGGUCACGCAGAGGUUGUGUCAGACGGUACAUUCGGGGACAGCGUGGGCCUGAUCCUCCUGGAUGAUGUUCAGUGUGAGGGUUCUGAGACGUCUCUGCUGGACUGUGAACAUGGGAUCUGGGGACGGACCGACUGCUCUCACAGCGAGGAUGUCGGGGUUCGCUGCAGGGGUCGACCCAGCCAGGAGACCAACAAGGUCCCAGUUAUCUCUCCUUCAACAGGUCCCCUGGUGCGUCUGGUGGGUGGCAGGAGCAGGAAAGAGGGUCGAGUGGAGGUUUAUCUCCAUGGUGAUUGGGGGAGUAUUUGUGACUCAGGAUGGAACGACCUGAAUGCUGCAGUGGUGUGCAGACAGCUUGGACACAGUGGUGGAGCAGCAGCAGCCAGAGGCUUUGGUCAGGGGAAAGGACCCAUUCACCUGGACCAGGUGAGGUGCACUGGCAAGGAAGAGUUCCUGGGCGAGUGUCCGUCUCUGGGUCAAAGCUUCCGGAGCUGCAAGCGCAGGGAGGAUGCAGGUGUGAGGUGUGACAUCACACUGCAUGAGUCUGCGGUCACGGCCAAGCCCGAAGAGCAAAGCUGUGGGCUGAGGAAGAUAGUGGAGGAGGAAAGCAGGAGAAGGAAGCAAGGAGAGGACAGCACGCCCACGAACACGUGGCCUUGGCAGGUGUCGGUGUGGCUUCAGUCAGAGGGAAAAGGUGGAGAUCCUCUCUGCAGUGGGACCCUCAUCAGCCCCUGCUGGGCCCUGACGUCUGCCCACUGUGUCAGCAGGUUCGGCAGCGAUCCAUCCAAAUACCUGAUACGGGUCGGCCCUUCAGAGCAGACCCUCACUCCUGAGCAGGUGGUCGUACACAGGAAGUACAAGGGUCAGAGUGGAGGUCAUGAUCUGGCCAUGCUGAAACUCCCCAGCGCCAAGGGUCGCUGUCUGAGCUUCGACCCUAACACUAAUGCAGCCUGUCUUCCAGCUGUAGACACAGCACCAGGAGGGAAUACCCCCUCCUCCUGUAUUGUCACAGUUACUGCAGGGUGGACUGGAACUGACUCAGUUCUUGCGUCCUGGGUUCCUCUGAUGUCAUCCUGGCAGUGUAAGAAACGGUACGGCGACAGCUUCUCCAGCCACGGCACUCUGUGUGCUGGCAGUCCUCCUGACACCAGCCUCCUCCACAGCAGCAGCUGUCAGGGAAACACGGGAGGAGGCCUGGUGUGUCAAGACGACGAGGGCCGAUGGUUCCUCAGUGGUGUGGUCGCCGGAGGUUUCAGUUGCGCUGACCCCUCCUCUCCCGCCCUCUACACCCGAGUCAGCCGCUUCCGCAGGUGGAUCGAUGAGGUCAUGAACGCGCUGGCGCACCCCGAGGAAGAGCCGACACACACGCAGCCCACAGCUGAAGCUAUGACACACAAUGACAUUACCUUCACACGACGAGAACACACAAGCGACGAGAGCCAAGAAAAACCUGUCCAUGUGCACAGUAAGGCCAAACACACACACGGUCAACAACAGAGCAAUGAAAUGAGUGAGCUCAAACCCAAACACACUUACACUCACCACUCACACUCCAAUCAACAUGCAAACACACACACCAAGAACACACACAAACACCACCUAGGGGAGUCAGAGAGGCAUGCUAAAAUUCUGCUCUUUUGAAGACCUGCCAUUGGCUAACCAUCUGUGCCAUGUGACUGCCUGAUGAAGAGGAAGAGGAGGAGGGUUAGGAAAGACACAGCCAAACUUAGAAGGCUAAAGAAAAACUCAACUGCUCUUAGUUUAAUGAAGCAGCCUUUUCAUCAGACAUCAGUGUGCUUUGAAUAAUGGGUAGUAAUGAAAUUGAUAGGUGAUGGAAAUAUUCAAUACAGCAUGUUUUCAGAAUAUUUGAAUGAACGUUUGGAGCUAAACACAACAUAUUCACAAUAUGUGAAAACUAACCAGUAGAACUAGUUUUUUGAAAUUCAAAUAAAGGUUGGCUUUUUUCUUCAAAUACAGAGGCUACAUGAGGUGUUGACGGAGAAUCAGGGUCUGUGCCAGGAGUCUAAUAUUAUCUAUAAAAAAAUCUGCUACAGACUGUUCUUUGUACCUUCAGCACCAAAGUCCAUAGACAGUGUCAGUGAUUAUUACAUCACAGCACAUGUGAUCACAGUUUCUGAUCAUUUCUAGUCCUAAUUUUUAAAAUUAAUUUGUAAUUUUCACUAUUGGAACUUUUUUUCUAUCUACCUUAGAGAGAAAAAAAACCUCUUGUGAACAAGGCUGCAGAAAGUUAGAAGUUAGUACACUUUUGAUUUUCUACUAAGGGAUUUGGUGUAGAUGUUAGAGAUAUUUUCAGUUCAAAGUUCAUCUCCAGAGGGAAUACGCUCAGCUUUGACUACGGGUAGUUCCUGAUAGCAACGUUGUCAUAUUAAAAGGGAAAAAUUCUAAAAGUGAACUAAAGCAUUGCAGCAGCGUUUGCUUGUAAACUGCAGCAGGUCAUGAUUUGUGGAUAAAAAGUUAAGAGCUUUGGAUUUUUUGUUGUUGUUGUUGUUGUUGCUUUCACAGACAGGGCUCCUCUCUUCAGGUUGUUGUCUUUACCUUUACUGCUCCAAGUGCUAGUUGUCCAUUCAGACCUGCAACUAAGCUACUGUAUUUUACCUUAGACCAAAACAGUGUUUCAGUUUCAGUGUUUUCAUGUAGUUACCAGAACUAUUUAUACCCAACGGCCACAGAACUGUUGAUGAAAAUGAUAAAAGCAGGACAUGGUUUGCAGUCAAGACACCACUCAAAUCUAAACAGGUGUCUUCCAUUGAUUUACUUGCCACUUAAAAAUCCAUGAACCGCCUCUUGAAUGUCAGGAAUCUGCAUAAGACAUCCAUAUUGUAAAGAACCAGUAAAAAUCCAUUUACUUUAACCAAAAGUUCCACUAUUGUUAACGUGUAAUGCAAUGCAGAUCAAUUAAAACACAUAAUGUGGUGGAAACAGGAAACCACCUUUUAAUUCAUUUUUACACAUUUUUUGACUUUGUCAGAGAAAUUGAUAUUUUUUUCAAAUGAAUAACAAUAAGAAAUUUAGUUUUCCUGCCAGAGCUACAAAUUAUACUGUAAAAAUAAACAAAAACUAAAACACUGCAUAGGUCAUUCUCAUGAAAUCAUUAGUACACAUUGAUAAACACAAUAAUAAAGUUAAUUUUUUCUAUAUGGACCAAAGAGUAAUUUCAAUAUAGACAUUAAUUUUAUUUGAAUUUUAUGACAACUUUCUCAUUAUCGCAAAACGUCCAGAUUUGUCUGAAUGUAUGUUGUUAUUUUAACAGAUUUAAACAAAUACAUCCUCGAAAAAAUAAGGGACUCUCUAAUGCAAUAAUAAUGAAAAAAUGAAGCGUCCAUGACUCAAGUUCUCAUCCUCCACAACAGCAUUGAUUAUCAUUACAAAUACAGCCAGUUUUCCACAUUUAGAAAUGUUAGAUCAUUUUUUAAAAAUUUAUAUUCAAGUUCAUGGAGUAAAAAUUUGCUUAAUCAAAAUAGCUUCUCUGUUGCUAGCAAAACAUGCUGAUGUUCCCCAUCCUCUGCAACAAUUUUAGACCAAGAUUUCAGGAGAAUGACCCGCAUAUGGUUAAGAGUUGUUGUGACAGUAGGUGACUCAAGUGCAAAACUUUAAAAAACAAAAACACUGGUUUGGUCGGCUCAAAUUGUACAGGACAAUAUUCUUCUUUUAAAGCCAUCUGAAGCUGAUGUUGAAUGGUAGACUUUUUUUGUACUGACUCCAGCGUGUGGACAGGUAAAUAGAUGUUAGACUAGUGGAUGGUUACUACUCCUGACUGUAGAUAGUAUGUGUACUGCAUUCAUCCUUGACUGAGAUGUUCAAGUUAAAUGUUUUCCAUUUUGUUGUCCGCUGAGAAGAUGUGUGAUCUGACCAGAGGAUGGCGACAUUGCGCCAUUUUCCCCUGGCUGUUGGAAUAAUUGUGGGCGCUGUUGCUUCUUUUUAUACUUGUUGUAACUCUUAAAAAAAAACAAAAACAGAAACAAAGAAAAACUGCUACGUUGUGCUGUGAACCACUGUGUUGUAAAGCAUCUUGUAACCUGCUCUACCUUCUGUCCCUCCAACACAGACUUGUCCCAUGCCUGUUAUAAUGAACCUGUACAGACUCCAUCACCUCUUUCCUGAGACUUGACCUUUUAACCUUGUAUAUACUGUGUGUCCAACAGCUGGAUGGUGAGUGAGCAGAGCCUCUGUCGUCAGUGUCAAAGCCAUCAGCUGUUCAUCAGUGUAUUGUGCAGAAUCAUGGUUGAGUAUUAAGACACACAUCUACUAAUAAAACAAACGACAACCUUCACUGA